CGCACUCAUUCCAUCUAUUCACCCAACACCCACACACCUCCACAGCGCCCUCAUGGCAUACCGAAUGUAAAAGUCCAGCAUGCCCCCCAUCCUCCCCCGCAAACGCCUGCAAUCCGACUCCCCACCCCCCGCGGAAUCGCAACGCCCGCCAAAGCGACACCACCACGCGCCGCGCAACAACAGCGGAAAGCACUCCGUAUUCCGCGACCUCGACGCCGCGCCUGCGCACCGUAAAGUCCUCCGCACGCCCUCGCAGACAGAAGCCCUCCUCGGCGCAGACUCCUCCUCCUCCUCCUCCUCUUCGCUCAGCUCGGCGGCGAGCAACAGCGACGACUCGGACGAGUUUGAAGACGUCCAGAUCGGGACGUCAAGUAACAGCGCGGCGACUGUGAAGGGCAAGCGGAAAGUACAAGAUGCCGCCACCGAGAGCGAAGAAGAAGAGGAUUGGGAAGACGCGCUAGGCCAACACCACCAAGUCCACGACGACGAGCCCAUCCCUGAAGUCUCGGGCGACCUCAACCUCAACCUAUCUGCGAACGCUGCGCCGAAUGCAUAUGCAUUUAGGCCGGACGGAAAGAAGGGGCCUACGAAGAUACAGCGGCAGAUACGGAGUCAUACGCAUUGUAUGCAUGUGCAGUUUCUUAUGUAUCAUAAUGGGCUAAGGAAUGUGUGGAUACAGGAUAAGCAGGUGCAGGAGAUUCUGGUGGAGAAGAUGACGGUCGGGGCGUGGAAGGAACUUGAACAGUAUUGGAGGGACACGGGGAUUGAGAAUGGGGUGGAGAGGGUUGUGGGUGGGAAAGUGCCGGCGAAGAUUGCGAAGGAGGUGCGCGCGCAGGCGAGGUGGAAGGAUGCGAAGAUGAAGGGCGUCAAGGUGUACGCUGGGCCGGAGGCGAAGAAAGGGGGGAAGAAGGGGAAGGCUGGUUCGAGUAAAGAGAUGGAGGGAAAGGGGGAUAAGGGGACGAGAGGGAGUGAGCGGAAUCAGCGCGAUUGGGGCGCGUCGUCUGAUCGUUUGGAGCCGAAUAGACCGAACAUGUCUGCGGGGGAUCCUCUGCUGAGGCUUCUCACGUACCUUGCUGCGCUGUGGAAGUCGCAUUUCAAAGUGAGGGCCCCGAGCCUCAGGAAGAGAGGGUAUCUGGAGCCUGCUGUGCUUGAGGCAGAAGUCCAUGCUUGGAGAGAGAGUGGAAGUCAACCUGAGUACUUCGGAGAGCGCAUAGAGAGUAAGGAGGCGUUCCGCGAGCUAGCGAAGAAGUGUGAAGGAAGCAGAGAUGUCGGACAGCAGCUCUUCACUGCCCUGUUACGCGGCUUGGGGAUUGAAAGCCGCAUGGUUGCGAGUCUUCAACCGGUUGGGUUUGGCUGGAGUCAAGCAGAGGAGGGCAAACCAAAAGAUCUGGAGAAACUGAAAGCUAUUCUGAAGCAGGCGCCAAAGACACAGGCAUUAGUCAAUGACAAAGGCAAAGGAAAGGGGAAUGCCAGGAAUUCAAAAGGAUCGAAAGACAGCCCUAUUGAUGUUGGCGAUGAAGACUCCAGCGCACUCAGCGAUGCAAUCUCUAUAUCAUCCGAUUCUGAUGUGUCGACACCACGCGUGAAGCAGCGUGCUCACCCAGCGCCUCCUUUCCCUACAUACUGGACUGAAGCAAUAUCAGACUUGACGCACACUCCUAUAGCCGUCUGCCCAGGAAACCAUCCACAACGCUCCAUCGUGGCCCCCUCGUCAAACGCAGAGGCACUGAAAGACUUCUACAUCCGCAGCAGCACGACCGAAAAAUCCAAGCAAAUCUUCGCCUACAUCGUCGCCUUCUCAUCCGAUCGCACAGCCAAAGACGUCACGACCCGCUACCUCCCCAACCACCAAUGGCCCGGCCGAACCAAAGGCUUCCGCAUGCCCAUUGAGAAGAUCCCCAUCCACAACAAGCGCGGCAAAGUGAAAAAAUGGGAAGAAUUCGACUGGUUCAAAUCCGUGAUGCGGCCCUACGCCCGCAGCCACCAGCACCGCCAACUGCACGACGAAAUCGAAGACGAAGGGGACCUCGUGCCCAAGAAACCCGACAAGCCGAAGCACAUGGACGAGGAGGGCGGCAAGGAGACCCUCCAGGGGUACAAGAACUCCGCCGAAUACGUCCUCGAGCGGCACCUCCGGCGCGAAGAGGCGCUCAAGCCUGGCGCGAAAAUCGUCCGGCACUUCGUCACCGGUAAGGGUGACAAGGAGAAGAGCGAACCCGUGUAUCGCCGCAAGGACAUCGCAACGUGCAAGACGGUCGAGUCGUGGCAUAAAGAGGGUCGCGAGGUCAGGAUCGGCGAGCAGCCGUGGAAAUUGGUGCCCAUACGCGCGGUAACGGUCACCCGGAAGCGAGAGAUCGAGGAGCGGGAGAGGGUCGAGGGAGAGAAGGCGAAGCAGGGGCUGUACGCUAGAUCGCAGACUGAGUGGAUUAUCCCCGACCCGAUACAGGAUGGGAAGAUACCGCGCAAUGCGUUCGGAAACAUCGAUGUCUAUGUACCGACGAUGAUACCCAAAGGCGCGGUUCACGUUCCCCUAAGAGGGACCGCGAAGAUCUGUCGGAAGCUGUGCAUCGACUACGCAGAGGCGUGCACGGGAUUCGAGUUCGGGAAACAGCGGGCUGUUCCUGUACUCACUGGUGUCGUCGUAGCAGCCGAGAACGAGGAUCUGGUGAUCGAUUCAUGGGAGGUCGAGCAGGCUGCAAAAGAGAAGAAGGAUGCAGACAAGAGAGAAGCCCUCCUCCUAGGUCUAUGGAAGAAAUUCUACGUCGGGCUACGGAUCGUGCAUCGCAUGAAGGCAGAAUAUGGAGAAGACGCCGAGCUCCCUCCCGUCGAGCACAAAGCGACGAAAGCAGCCGCGAAGAAAUCGGAAUGGGAUACGUUCAAAGAUCACCAGGACUUCGAGGGUGGGUUCCUGAGAGAGGAGGAACAAGGCCAUCAUGAACAGCCUGCUGCUGGUGGCUUUGUACGGGAGGACGACGAGGAAGCCAUGGCUGGUGGAUUCUUCCCUGCAAGUCAAGAAGAGCAGGAUCACAAUCACGCCUCACACUUAACAAUCGACCAUGGCGAACAAGAAACACACACUCCAUCCACCCUAGCAGACGUAUCUCAUCGCGCCCCCAUCUCCCUCCACUCCGCCCUACAAGACGAAGCCGUCCCCGACGACGCCGACAGUGACAAAGACAUGAAAACCAACAACAUCAACGACGACGAACCCUCAGAAGAAGAACCCCCCUCCCGCAACAUCCGCAAACCACGCAAUCUCACCCAACCACCACCACCUAGAACCCGCACUACAAAAUCCCAACCCGACCCCUCAACCUCUUCCUCCUCAUCCCCGCUAUCUCAGCUCUCCUCCCUUCCCACAGACGACGAAGAACAAUCUCCCGUCGACGACACCCCUUACGUAGCGCCGAAGCGCAGAGCAGCAGCGAGGAAGUCGGAGGAGAAAGUUAAGAGCCAUUUCUUUGCUCAUGGCAGCGACGACGAGACGGAUUUGACGGAUAGGUCGCCGAAGAAAGGUGUGAGGGGUGGGAGUGGGAGUAGAGGACGGGGUAGGGGGAGGGGGAGAGGACGGAGGGGGAAGGUAUGA